ACACGACGGCACACCGCAUCUGCUACUUUCUUCGCCGACACUUCGUUACAAGGAAAACACUUCUGGUUAUGAGUACAUAGGAUAGAAUUCCAUUGUAUCCUUCAACAACCUCAUCGGAAUACAUUUAAAUCUUCGCCAUGUGCAAUCAAUAAGUCUAUUGAUCCAUCCUAGAAAUAUGGCAGAAGCUGGUGUCAUCUGGCACGGUUUUUGGUGAAUGCAAUUUACGGCCAUGCGGUACAACUCUGUCACGCCACCAGAACUGCGGAACGAUUCAAACAGCGAAGGAGCUAGAUCCGCCAAGGAAAUUUUGCUCCAGCUUGACCCAAAUUUCUCGAGAGCAGUGGGUAUUCUAAACAAAUACAUGCCCGGAGAUGAUUCUUCCAGCUACAAUCUCGACAACUUGAAUCAAAACAAAGCACUUGGAACAGAUAGUGAACUAAAUUCCUUGUCCCAUGGCAACACGACCACGGUGUCCCGUGAAACUAAAUUUCUUGGCCAAUCAGAUCGAGGUGGCUCCACUUUCUCUGAUUUGCACAACACCGAAUACCUAGAAGAAUACAGGGAUAACAAGUCGAAAUUUUCCCCCACCGCGAAGACAAUAUCCAGCAAAUCCACUGACCCGGGAACUGGUCAACAUACUCCACCGUCCCGUCUAAAUCCACCAGUGAGGACAAAGAGCCCCACUUCACUUUCCGAUGCGCCUGCCAGCGCUGCAUCAAGCACUGCUCGGACAUUAUCUCAACCUAGUAGACAGAGUGGGCCACCUGCGAAGUCAGCACCAAAGCGGGCUGCAACACUUGCCCCCAAGCUGGAAAGAAAAACAACACCGAGAUUGGAAUCGAAAUCAGAACCGAGGUCAAACACAAAGCCAGCGCGAGUCGCAGCAGCAAUUCCUGGGAAGGCUUCAAAGCGAUCCACUGAUGACUUUUCAGCUCAACUGCACCAACCGAAAACCCGGGUAUCCCCAGGUAAACAUUCGAAAACGGCAGAGCCUGUGGUUCAGAAGACAGCUCCCAAAAGGCAACAAUCGACUCCACAGUCUAUGCAUUCCCGAGACGGGGAUCAACAGCAACAGGAGGAGGAUGAUGACGAGGAGGAAAGUGAGGAAUAUGACGAUGAGGAAGGUGAAGGAGAUGAGAGGAGUGAAUCUGAAACGGACUACACUAACGAAUUUCUCGAACCUGAUCCAUCUGCCUUACGGGAUUUGGACAAUGCCACUCCGAAGACAAUCGCACUGUGCCGCCGACAUCAGUGCCAUUAUUGCCUGUUCGUCUACUUUCCUUCAUCCACGGUAGAUGAAGAUUUGAUGCCGUUUAGACGGAAAUCGUUUAUGGACAAAGUGGCCAAACUGCAAAAUCCUGACCAUGUGCGCGAAGUAAAGGACACCAAGUGUGCCAGGGAUGCCUACGCCGAUCGACGCAUCAAAUGUAUUGAGAGACAGUCGGGUACACAAAUCCGCCUGAGUGAUUUGGAUCCAUCUUCUGCGUUUGUUAAAGGACUCCCUAGAAGACGCCUGACGAUCGCCGGCCCAUCGUUUGCCCACAUUGGGUGUGCCCUCAAUCUGUUCGAGUCACUUCUACCAAAAGUAAUCAAGAAUGCCAUUUUCCCCUAUCGAUUACCGAAAGGCGCCUCUACCAGGUUCUCUGCUGGGGACCGCGUAAGCUCGACAUUUCACUGGGCAUACGGAAGAAUGGAUGGUUCAGUGACUCUGCGGAGGCAACUAGAUGACAAGGGCGGGUGGAGAAGCUUCCUUGUCACCAACAAGGACUGACAAUUUCAAAUGCAGUUGGAGCAGAAUCAUUGGAUCGCCAAACAGUUCCAUUCCGUCAAGAGUCAUCAUUCGCUCGCUGUCUGAGCCAAAUGGGAUCCACACAUCUGCAUUGAACUUCUUGCCCCAACUAACACUGUUCCCCAUUUGAACAGGAUUUUGGUGCAUUUAUUUCCGACAACAUUGUUUUCAUGUAUACAUUGCUUUGCGCAAAUUAG